CGAUUUGUACAACGGAAGGCUUGCAAGUUGCAGUUUCGCAAGAUUCCCCAUCCAUUCAUGAUACCAUUUGUUUGCUCUUCAAGAGAACGCAGCAACCAGGAACAAAACAGAAUCAACAUCUAGCCAACAUGAAGGAAACAAGCAUUGAGCUCGCCGAGGCUGGCUACCCACAGAUCGUAGUUCACGACGCGGAAGAACCAGAGGAACAAGAAACAGAAAUCAAGGAACCUCUAGUGAAUGGGAAUGGUAACGUUCCUACUGGAUCUCCUACUGGAAGUCCAUGGGGAACUCCGGUCACGUCACGGAAAGCCAACGGAAGUAACGGGCGUCUGCACAUUCCUGGUGGAUCGCCCAGCAAAACUGGAGCCUACGAACCCUUGGGAUUUUCCCAAGCUCACAAAUGGGGUGGAUCAAUUUCAUCAAUUCGACUGUCGGCUUCAAGGGAAGACAUCGCCGACAUGCGUGCAGAGCAGAAAAUCCAGCUUAGACGGGCACCAAAAGAUAGGUUCAAGUUCAUCUUCUUUCUGAUGUCAAUCCACGGUAUUGCUACGUUGCUGCCUUGGAACAUGUUUAUCACAGCAGACUCGUAUUUUACAGACCAUAAGUUUGGCAAUGUCAGUGACAGCGCCGAGUACAAGGACAAGUUUGUCAGCUACAUCGGCAUCGCAGGAUUUAUUCCCAAUGUCUUCUUCCUGGCUGUCAGUUUAUUUGUGCCUCCCAAGUCUUCUCGUUUGGCCAACAUGAUUGCUUUGAACAUGAUGCUGACGCUGUUUGUUAUCACCACAAUUUUGGCCAUCAUUGACUCAUCUGAAUGGCCAGGAGCUUUCUUUGGAAUCACCAUGGCGACGGUAGUCCUUUUCAACGGAGCCGCAGCAGUCUACCAGUCGGGUAUCUUUGCCUUCUCAGCCAAACUGCCAGGAAGCUACCUCCAGAGUUACAUUGUUGGCCAAGGUCUUGGUGGAACCUUUGUAGCGGUCAUCAGCAUCAUCACAUUGGCAACUACAGACUCGGUUCAGACUGCUGGCAUUGCAUACUUCACCUGUGCUGUAGUUGUCCUGUUCAUAGCAGUCAUAAGUCUUAUCCUUGUCUACAAGUCGGCAUUUGUGGACUAUCAUCACAACGUAGCUAUGCAGGUGCUUACUGAGAAAGAGAAAGAAGCAGUAGAAGAAGCUACAAGACCCAUUACCCUGCUCUACAUCUUCAAAAGGAUAUGGGUGGAUGCACUCAGCGUGUGGCUGACGUUUUUCGUCACCUUGGCCAUCUUCCCAGCAUUCAACCUGGGUGUCGUCUCAACUACUGAAGAACCUCACAGUGAUUUCAUCGCUAUGUACUUCACUCCACUGACUUGCUUCUUCACGUUCAACUUCUGUGACUUUAUCGGCAGUAUGGUCCCUGCAGUGCUCAAAUGGCCUUUUCACAAGUACACUUGGAUUGUAGCCAACGUGCGUAUCCUGUUCUUUCCUCUCUUCAUUCUCUGCAACUACCGACCCGCGACUCGUACCUUGCCAGUCUACUUCAACGACAUCGUCUAUAUCAUCAUCAUGGUCAUCUUUUCCCUUAGCAAUGGCUAUUUCAAGACUGUCAUCAUGAUGGAAGGCCCACAGAAAGUCCCUCCUGAGUGGGCUGGUAAGGCCGCCUCCAUGAUGUGCUUCUUCCUCGUCCUGGGAAUCUUCUGUGGUCUCCAGUUCUCCCUCUUCUUUCCGUGGUUCAUCACAAUCUUCUAAGGAUUCCCAGAGAUAAACUCAACUCAGCUCACACCUAUAAGGAAGCAAUUCUGAGGUGAUGUAGAAUUGUCCAAUAUUUUUACAGGAGUCAGGAGGACCAGAGAUUUCUGCACAUUGAUGGAAAUAUCGGAAAGUUGUUAUUAAAUGCUGCCAAGUUUGCCGACACUUUUUUUUCCAGUGUCUGCUAUUUUUUUAGUGUCGGUUUUUUUUUUUUUGGCCCUAUAAUGCAAAAACUGCCAAACUGUAAAUGGGAGAAGUUUUUUAAGGAAACAUGUAGAAGCUCUUCAGGAAUUGAUCACUUAAAAAAAUGAACAAUUGUAAACGGGUCAUUCUAUGAAUGGUCCAAAGUGUGACAUUGUUCUUGUCCCUUGGUACUUUGUAAUUUGCCAUUUAAGUAUCAUGAAUGAACUUAAAAAGUUUUUAUUUGUUAAGUAGGAAGUUUGCUAUUCAUUAUCACUCUUGGAGGAUGACUUCAUUACAGAGUGCAUCAGAAUUAUACAAUCAUAGAUGUCAGAUAUAACAGGGACAGGAAAAGAAUUUGAGCCCAGAUUUAUAGAUUGACCCAGAUGGGUGUAUAUAACAGUUUUGGGGAGUUUUUUGGUUUUUUCCAGCUCGCCUUUUCUUUAGUGUGAGAUAUUCAGACUGCGUUUUUCGUUUAUGUUUCUCAGUUGAGAUCACACAAGUUCAGUUGCUGUUAUUACUUUAUUUGUAAAAGAAAAACGUUUGCAGUGAUGUUUUGCCAAAAGUUUAUGAAGCUUUAAGUUUUGGAGACCAAAGUGACAAAAUGGUAGGCCAAAACCUCACCAGUUAUUUUCACGGGUCAGAAAGGCCACUUAUUAACUGUCUUCCUUAUUUUGUGAGAGGGUAUUUUAGUUUAUUCCUAAAACGAUUGCAAACAAGACAGUUGUGUCUUGGGAAAAAUCAUGAAAUUUCAUUUUAAGAUUUCUGAGGGAACCCUGUAAGAUUUGAGUAAAGUUUGUUUUUGAAACAUCUAGGAUAGACUAGGAGUACAUGUACUGAGUCAAAACAACUCCAGAGUCAUGUCAAUGGAGUAUUUUUAGUGCAUUAAAUCCAAUAGGGUUGUUUAGAUUUGCUCCUAAUACCAUUUGGUCCGUUGUGACUCUGAAAUACUACUCUUAAACACAGAUUUCAAUUUCACAUUGAUGUUCCUCAGGAACAAAGUUAAGUAUGUACAUUACAUACACGUAACAUUUCUUAUCAUCUGUAUUUUCUAAAUAAAGUUUAGACAUGAACAUCUCAUUUUGAGAAGUAGUGAUCAGUAUGUUUGAAAAGCUCUGUGAAAACCCGACAGUAAACAGGGCUGUACAUGUACAUGUACAUGUAUGUAUAUUGAACUAUCUUACAUCGUCUCUUUAGUGUACUUUUUGUAAUAUUGUGCGUGAAGUAGAAAAUAAGUACAUAUUUAUGGUGUUGGAUUUUUAGUUAUCGUACCAGAAGUUGUUUUGGUUUCUUUGUUUUAAAAUUUUAAUAUUAAACCUGUAAUCUUAACUAGGAUACAGUUUGAAAUUCUGACAGAAAGUCAGAUUCCAUUUUGUGCUCAUAUUUAACUUGUAAUAGUUUGUACAGGUAGUGCAAAGUGAAAGGUUUUUUUUUUUCCUUUCAAAUGAGUCCGCUGGACAGUACAUGUAAAUAACUUGAAGGUCAUCUUGAGUCACAACCUGUGACUUAUUUGAAGUUUGAGCACAAUUAGCAGGGGACUGGACACAGAUAUUAAAUAGCAGAGUUUGUUAAAAUUCCAAGCAUACUUAUUGACUGAUUUGAUUCGAGUGUCAUUCUUUGGCACAUGUACUGUGUGAUCUUAGUGAAUUAACAAAAAUGAAGGUCAAAAUUUGCUGGCGAGAAAAGACCACUUAAUAUAUUUUCCUCUCUUUUGAGGUAUUCAUUGUCAACAAUGUUACACAUGUAAGUUAACAUUAUAUUACUAUUUGAUUGUGUUUGGAAAGCCAGUUUGAUAAAUCCACUGACAUCCUUAGCAUAUAGAAUUACUGAGCACAGAGCACAGAAGAAUGUUACUCGUCAGAAAUAGGCUUCCAGUUAAGUUACCAAGUUACGUACAAUGUAAGCUAGUAUUUUGUCAAAUAGUGUGUGCUGUAAAGUAUUAGUAUUUGUUGUGUACUAAGCAGUUUUAUUAAAAUGGUCACUUAGAUUCUAAUCAACUCA